AUGGGGGUUAACCAUGUCUCCGGCAUCGAGGUUGUUGAAUCGCAUCCUCUGGUGCGCCGUGCGGAUCCACACAAUCUGCCCUUUUUGGAUAAGGUGUUUCAUUUCGGGUUCAGCCCGUACUUAGAACGGGCCUUGUUUCCGGCCCGAUACGUGAGGGAAAUGGAGAGAACGGUGAGAGAUGGCGGCGCGUGUGUUGUGGCUGUGGAAGAGUGUGGUGGCGAAGAGGUGGAAGAAGUGGUGAAAUUGUUCAAAAAGUCGAAGCUGUUAGCGGUGAAGAACGUGACUUUGGGUGGUGAAAGGAGGACAAGUAUUGUAAUGAAAGUUGUAAAGUGA